AUGGGGGAAAUUAUCACAAUUUCACAUUCCCAGUUCUCGGGCCAUGUCACUACUCAUUUGUAUAAUACUCAGGAAUCACUCAUCCCCUAUACCGCCAAUACAAAACUUUCCCAUGACCUCACCACAUUCCUUAACCGAACACCACCACCAACAGGAACCAGCGGAGUAACAUACACUCCGCGAUCACUACUCUAUGAUCUCCGUGGUGGGUAUGGUGCAUUGAAUAAAUAUGAAUAUCAUGAAACCAUCGAAUCUUUAGCCGCCCAUGUGCAAUUGAACACCCAUACAGUUUCCAAAAGUGAAUAUCAAUUAAGACUAGAUGCCGGUGAACCACCGUCAAAACUAACUCCCGCCAAUACCAAGUACUGGACCGAUUAUACUAGAUUGAUAUUUUCACCGAGAUCACUCCAAACGAUAACUUCAUACGAAUAUGACACCGACAAGGGCCAUCAUUAUCGGUUCCCGCGGGUGUCAUUCGAUACAUUCGACAAGGGGGCCGAGGAGUUCAAGGAGUCAUUUGAAGACGAUGAGUUUCGAUAUUUCUUGGAAAAGUGCGAUUUGUUCACUGGAUUGCAAGUGUUUACCGAUUUGGAAUCUGCGUGGGCAGGAUACACCUCUCAAUGGCUUACCGAGAUAACCGAUGAAUAUUUCAACAAGGUCGAUGUGUGGACUUUUGCACUGGCCAGUUCAAACGAUAAUAGCAGGUCUACUUUGAAUAGAAUCAAGGGAAUUGUAGAGUUGUACAAGAGUCUGAGCUUGAUGUUUCCAUUGAUUGACCAAAUUGAAGAAACCAUGAUCUCGAUCGAAGAUGGCUUGGGUGGGAGAAAGAUUGCCAAUGAAAUCAAAGUAAUCGCUACUGAUGCUUCCACCGCAACUGAUGCAUCCACCACAAAUGGCAUUAUUUCCGAUAUCGCUGAUGUUAGUGCUUAUUAUGCUCACCCACCAUCUGCACCAACAAACCCGGAAAUACAUUUGGGAAUUCAGCAAGAAAGCACUGGUAACAAAUACUUCAGCAAGAAUCUUGUUGUCACGAAAGACUACGUUAAUGAUAUACAGCAACAACCAACGCCCAACAUUUAUAUCAACAAUAGUAUUACCAACAUCCUCGGCUCAGACUCAUUCCCCAGUGACAUUCUAAAAUUCUCCAAAUUCCAUACUGAGUUCAAUGUGCAUCCUGGAAUGUAUGACCAAUUGAAAGGAUAUCGACAAAUCGUUUCUCGCAGCAAUCAUCCCGACUUGAUUAAAAUCGUUGAGGAUAAGAGCGAGCUUGUUGAAGAUCUCAGCAGUAUAAUGGAAGAGUAUCACUGGGGAGAGUACGAUCUGGAUGAUGAUGAGUUCUACGACUAG